CGCUGUGAGUUCACCCGUUAACUUCGAACAAAAACAGGCGAAAACCAGUCCGCAUCUUAACGUGACAAAACGCUAAUUGAAUUGCGCGGAUUAACGACGAGACUGACAGAUGAACGCUCGUUUGGGAGAACUGGAUUGUAUUUGUAUGCGUUGAACAAGUUGCAUUUAAGAAUCAGCCCGGGGUGCUCCUGCAGACAGCGACAGAGCGGUGGUGGUUCUGCUAGCUAUUAUUAGCUCGUGUCUCUACCUGACUCUUGGUGAAAUUCCUAAAACAUUACCCUAACCUACCUGCUUGUAUUCCGGUGGUUUUACCUUUUAAAUUAAUACCUGGACCUUUUGGACUAGAAACCACUGGAGUACAUUUUAUUUUUAUUAUUUUAUUUCGGCUGCUGUGAUGAACACUUGUAGCCUAACCUUAAAGUACAUGUGAGAGUGACUGAGGCUCAUAUCGCAUAGCACACGGUGGUCACCUCCGCAACAAGCGUCUCUGCUCGUCUCUUUAGCCUGCUCACGGCAUCAGGUGGCCGUCCACUGCAGCGAGAGAGGUGCCCCUCGAACGAAAACGCGGACUCGCAAUUCUGUGUGUCCGAGAGGGAGAGAGAGAGGGGGAAAGAGAGAAAGGGAGAGGGGGGGAGUUGGUGCGUGUGCGUGUGUUUGUGUGUGUGUGUGUGCGCGCGUGAGAGAGCUGUUGCUCGGACAGACGCAGUGGAAGCGUUAUGGUUUUCUCUCCUGGCUCACACGCAGUCUCGAGACCACUUACACCGACACACUGUUGUAUUGUGUGACAGUUGGAUUGUGAGAGCGGAGCUUUUCUCGAUGUAACGGAUGUCUGAACGGAAAUUAAUUCCUCAGACACGGUGACCAGCACGAGAUCACGGGGGAAAACCGAAUGCCAUUUCCUCCCCUUUCUCGGCGCGUGCUGUGAAUUAAUAAUACAACAGCCAAUCACUCUCCCACCUUGCACUGCGUGUAUCAUCUCUCCUGGCGUGUGUGUGAGUGUGCAGAGUGUGUGUGUUUUCGCCAGAUUUCCGUUUGGAGCUGUUGCUUGGCUUUACCGUUUAAGGUUCGCUUCACAGUGGGGAUUGCCGCACUGCAUGCCGCGGACAUGUGGAAGAACUUUGUACCACUCUAGCGCCAGUCUCGGUUUACCAAUCUGGGCUGCCGCACUCACAUCUCGGCUGCAGAGGGACCUUUUACGCCCGGUCACUGUCUCCUCCUGAUCCACGGAUUUGUUCUGAAAUGUGAUUUAUAUCUUUUAAUAAACAACAGAAAAGGGGAGAAAGAAAAAAAGGAAAGAGUUGGAAUUCUCGUAGGAUUGUACACUUCCUGUGGAUUACAAAUCUUCGGUGACUCCACAGUCACUCUCCUUUGUAGCCCACCAAACAGUAUACCGCAGUGAUGACACUAAGGCCGACUCUACCCGCUUUGUCCCAGGCCUCCGCUCUGGGUCUGUUUAGGUAUCUGGUCGUUCUCCUCCUUGUCCUGGAUUUUUCCAGCGGGGCGGCCAGCCAGCCAUGCCCGGCCCAGUGCUCAUGUUCAGGCUCGACAGUCGACUGUCACGGACAGGGGCUCCGCGCAGUCCCCCGGAACAUUCCCCGCAACACGGAGAGACUGGAUCUGAACGCUAAUAAUCUGACUAAGAUCACCAAGGCUGACUUCGCUGGAUUGAGGAAUCUUCGCGUGCUUCAGUUGAUGGAGAACAAGAUCACUACGAUCGAGAGGGGGGCUUUCCAGGACCUGAAGGAGCUUGAAAGACUGCGUCUGAAUCGGAACAGUCUGCAGGUGUUUCCUGAGCUGUUGUUCCUGGGAACCCUCAAACUCUAUCGCCUUGACCUCAGUGAAAACCAAAUCCAGGGAGUUCCAAGAAAAGCUUUCAGAGGAGCAGUGGAAAUCAAGAACCUACAGCUGGAUUACAACCAGAUCAGCUGCAUAGAGGAUGGGGCCUUCAGAGCUCUUCGGGAUCUGGAAGUACUAACUCUGAAUAACAACAACAUAAGUCGCCUGUCGGUAGCCAGCUUCAACCACAUGCCCAAACUCAGGACGUUUCGUCUCCACUCUAACAACCUGUUGUGUGACUGCCAUGUAUCCUGGCUGUCUGAGUGGUUGCGACAGCGCCCCCGCCUGGGCCUAUACACACAAUGCAUGGCCCCCCCCAGCAUGAGGGGACACAACGUGGCAGAAGUCCACAAGAAGGAGUUUGUCUGCACAGAUGGGGAUGAAGGUCACCAGUCCUCCCCGUCCUGCAGUGUUCUCCAGUGUCCAGAGUUGUGUUCCUGUAGUAAUAACAUAGUGGACUGCAGAGGGAAGGGUUUGACAGACAUACCGACCAACCUGCCAGAGACCAUCACAGAGAUUCGGUUGGAGCAGAACUCCAUCAAGAGAAUCCCUGCGGGAGCCUUUUCUCUCUACAAGAAACUACGCAGAAUAGAUCUCAGUAACAACCAGAUAUCAGAGCUAGCGCCAGACGCUUUCCAAGGCUUAAGGUCCCUUAACUCUCUGGUGCUCUAUGGUAACAAGAUCACUGAGAUCUCCAAAGGAUUGUUGGAGGGCCUGUUUGCUCUGCAGCUCCUCCUGUUGAAUGCUAAUAAGAUAGCCUGUCUGCGUGUGGAUGCGUUCCAAGACCUUCACAACCUCAACUUGCUCUCUCUCUAUGACAACAAACUACAGACCAUCGCCAAGGGAACAUUUGCAUCUUUACGGGCCAUACAGACACUCCAUCUUGCCCAGAACCCAUUCAUCUGUGACUGUCAUCUGAAAUGGCUUGCGGACUACCUCCAAGACAACCCGAUUGAGACCAGUGGAGCUCGUUGCACUUCUCCCCGUCGCCUUGCCAACAAACGCAUCGGACAGAUCAAGAGCAAGAAAUUCCGCUGCUCAGCUAGAGAACAGUAUGUAUUCCCAGGUGCGGAGGAUUACCGCAGUAAGCUGGGAGGGGACUGUUUCGCCGACCUGGCCUGUCCUGAGAAGUGUCGCUGUGAGGGCUCCAUGGUCGACUGCUCCAAUCAGAAGCUGACCAGAAUACCUGAGCACAUUCCUCUGUACACCCAGGAACUUCGUCUGAACAAUAAUGAGAUUACAGUUCUGGAGGCUACCGGAGUGUUUAAGAAGCUGCCUCAGCUCAAAAAGAUUAACCUUAGUAACAACCGUAUCAGUGAUAUUGAAGAGGCAGCCUUUGAGGGAGCGAUCGGGGUCAGUGAGUUGGUCCUGACCUCUAACCGGCUGGAGAACAUCCACCAGCGCAUGUUUCUAGGACUCACCGGGCUACGCACUCUGAUGUUGAGGAGUAAUCGUAUUAACUGUGUCAGUAACAGCAGCUUUGUGGGUCUGAGCUCUGUGCGACUGCUGUCCCUCUACGACAACCUGAUCACCUCCAUGACACCCGGAGCCUUUGACACACUGCACUCCCUGUCCACACUGAACCUGCUGGCCAAUCCCUUCAACUGCAACUGUCACCUGACCUGGCUCGGCGAUUGGCUGAGGAGGAAGCGCAUUGUCACGGGCAACCCCCGUUGUCAGAAUCCUUACUUCCUGAAAGAGAUUCCCAUUCAGGAUGUUGCCGGACAGGACUUCACCUGCGAUGAUGGUAAUGAGGAGAACAGCUGUAGUCCUGUGUUGAGGUGUCCUGCUGAGUGUAGCUGUCUGGAUACUGUUGUGCGUUGCAGUAACAAGGGCCUCAGUUCCCUGCCCAAAGGACUGCCCAAGGACACCACCGAGCUGUAUCUGGAUGGAAACCAAUUUACACAGGUUCCAGUGGAACUCUCCAAUUUCAAGCACUUAACGCUCAUCGACUUGAGUAACAACCAGAUCAGCACGCUGUCCAACCACAGCCUUAAUAACAUGACUGAACUACUGACCUUAAUCCUGAGCUACAACCGUUUGCGCUGUAUACCAGUCCGAGCCUUUGAUGGUUUAAAGUCUCUACGAUUAUUGUCUCUCCAUGGAAAUGACAUUUCGGUAAUUCCAGAAGGAGCCUUCAAAGACCUUGCCUCCCUCUCUCACCUGGCUCUGGGGGCCAACCCCCUGCACUGUGACUGCAGGAUGCAGUGGUUGUCUGACUGGGUGAAGAGUGGGUACAAGGAGCCUGGCAUUGCGCGCUGCGCUGGCCCCGGAGACAUGACAGACAAACUGCUGCUCACCACACCCUCCAAGAAGUUCACCUGCACUGACGUCCCGGGGCCUUGUGGUCUUCUGGUGCCAGGUCCUCUAGAUGUGGCUAUCCAGGCCAAGUGUGACCCAUGUCUGUCCAACCCCUGCCAGAACGAUGGCACCUGCUCCAACGACCCAGUCACUUUCUAUCACUGCAGCUGUCCAUAUGGAUUCAAGGGACAGGGUUGUGAGGAGACUAUCCAUGUGUGCAUCAGUAACCCCUGUCAGCAUGGAGGCACAUGUCAUCUGAAGGAGGGAGAGAAUAGCAACUACUGGUGUGUCUGUCCAGAGGGCUUCGAGGGAGAUAUGUGUGAGAUCAACAUCGAUGACUGUGAGGACAAUGACUGUGAGAACAACUCCACUUGUGUGGAUGGAAUCAACAACUACACCUGCAUGUGUUCCCCUGAAUACACAGCUGCUACCAAUGAGGUGGAGAGAGGGGAGCUUUGUGAAGAGAAGUUGGAUUUCUGUUCCCCAGAGUUAAACCUCUGCCAACACGAUUCCAAAUGCAUUCUGACACCUCCUGGAUACAAGUGUGAGUGUACUCUGGGCUACACAGGAGACCAGUGUGAGAUGGACUAUGACGACUGUGUGGAGAACAAGUGUCAGAAUGGAGCUGAGUGUAUCGAUGCAGUCAAUGGAUACACAUGUGUGUGUCCUGAAGGAUACAGCGGUCUGUUCUGUGAGUUCUCUCCACCCAUGGUUCUACCCCGCACCAGCCCCUGUGACAAUCAUGAAUGUCUGAACGGAGCACAGUGUGUCGUUGUGGACAUUGACCCUCGCUGCCAGUGUCUCCAUGGUUACCAGGGUGAGCAGUGCGAGACUCUAGCCAGCGUCAACUUCAUCAACCGGCAGUCAUACCUGCAGCUACCAUCAAGCCUGAUCACACCUGAAACGAAUAUCACUCUACAGAUCGCUACAGAUGAGGACAGUGGAGUGUUGCUCUAUAAAGGAGACAAUGACCACAUUGCCAUGGAACUUUACAGAGGACGCCUCCGUGUCAGUUAUGACACCGGAACACACCCUCCAUCUGCUAUAUACAGUGUGGAGACGGUGAAUGAUGGGGUGUUCCAUGUGGUGGAGCUGGUGGCCUCAGACCAGACUCUGUCUCUGUCCAUCGAUGGGGGAACAGCCAAGACCAUCAGCUCCCUCAGUAAACAGUCAACUCUCAGCAUCGACUCUCCCCUCUACCUGGGUGGUAUGCCAGAUCGCUGGUCCAUCUCUGGAGGUUCGUCUGGGCUGCAGGCUGGAUCCAGUGGGAGGAGUUUGGGAAGUUCCGCGGCACUGCAGUCUGGAUCCGGGAACGGGAGCAGCUUUCACGGCUGUUUGAGGAACCUGUACAUUAACGGACAGCUACAGGACCUGGCAGCUGGCCUGGAACUGGGACAGACUGGUGUGCAAGCGGGCUGUCAGCCCUGCCAGGCCGGAGUGUGUGGUCAGGGAGAGUGUCACCCCACUGGGCAGAGCAGCUUCUCCUGUACCUGCCAGCCUGGGUGGACCGGAGAUCGAUGCCAGGCCCGGGUCAACCACCCCUGUGAUGGAAACAAGUGUAUCCAUGGUUCCUGUCUUCCCAUCAACUCUUACUCCUACUCCUGCCGAUGUCAGCCGGGCUUCAUAGGCGUGCUCUGUGAUGAAGCCAACCAGGAAGUCCCAGACCCGUGUCAGCUGACCCGGUGUAAACAUGGGAGUUGUAGGCUGUCGGGCCUCGGCAAGGCCUACUGUCAGUGUAACCCGGGAUACACUGGAGAUGCCUGUGACAGAGAGGUGGUCUGUCGAGGGGAACGGCUCAGAGAUGUCUACCAGCUCCAGAGGGGUUACUCGGCGUGCCAAACCCAGGAGAAGGUCUCCCGUCUAGAAUGUCGCGGCUCCUGUCCGGAGGGGGCUGGGGGAGGGGGCGGGGCCGGCUGCUGCACCCCCCUACGCUCCAAACGCAGGAAAUACACCUUCCAGUGCACCGACGGCUCCUCUUUUGUACAGGAAGUAGAGAAGGUGGUGAAGUGUGGUUGUACAAAGUGUCCCACCUCGUAAAACUUCCCCUCCUCCCCGAGCCCUGGGAUGAGAGGGCCCACCUCAUCCCGUCACGUCCUCUUGCUGUUCCUCUUCCUCACUCUGGGAGGAACCCCAUCAUCACCUCAUCUUCUCCUCUUCCCCACCGCCUUCUUUUUGUAAAACCCUAAAAAAAAAAGUGAAAACGGAGAAAACGACAACAGAUGCUCCAUACUUGGACUGUGGGCUUCCUCAGAGAUGAUGAAUUAUAUUGUAAAAUACAAAACAACAGACUUAUUUUUUAUUAUCAAGCGGAGAAAAAGACAAAAAACAAACAAGAGUUUACUUUAUAGCUUUUCUUUUGUUGCCAGGAUUUUUAGCAGUGUUUCGCUGAUGGAUAACCACUUUGUGUUGUGUAAAUCCUGUUUCCUGUCCCACAUUUAUCGUAGUAGUACAGAGUCACCACUAGGAGGCGCUGCCCUGCUCCCAAUCAGGUGGAGACAAAUUCCCAAACCUAAAUGGAAGCCUGACCCUACACCCUGAGCACUUGUGGAGAUCUGGGGCGGGUUUGACAGGUGUAAGUAAUCUGGUCACAGCUCCACCUGGCCCUCUGAUAGGCUAGAUGUAAGGUCCACCAUGCUAAUUAAACCAGUUAACCACCCUUAGAUCUCCACAAAUGCAUCAGCUGUAUGGCAGCUGGGACCAGACCAGAGGAAACCAGCAUCUUUUCAGGACUCACACACACCAUAAACACACACACACCAUAAACACACACACACCAUAAACACACGCACACUAUAAACACACAUACAUCAUAAACACACGCACACU